CUCACGCUUCCUUCCUACGCUCGCGUAGUCGGCGGUGCUACAUACUGCGCAUGCGCAGCAACUCCGGCCUUUUCCCCCCUGUAGCGCUGCCGGGCCUGCAGGUCUGUGUGGAGCCGCGGUUGCGGAUCUCUGUUCCGCAGGAUGGGGUUUGUGAAAGUUGUCAAGAAUAAGGCCUACUUUAAGAGAUACCAAGUGAAAUUUAGAAGACGACGAGAGGGUAAAACUGACUACUAUGCUCGUAAACGAUUGGUGAUCCAAGACAAAAAUAAGUACAACACACCCAAGUACAGGAUGAUAGUUCGUGUAACUAACAGAGACAUCAUCUGUCAGAUUGCGUAUGCUCGUAUAGAAGGGGAUAUGAUAGUCUGCGCAGCAUAUGCACAUGAACUACCAAAAUACGGUGUGAAAGUUGGCCUGACAAAUUAUGCUGCAGCCUAUUGCACUGGCCUGCUGCUGGCCCGCAGGCUUCUCAAUAGGUUUGGCAUGGACAAGAUCUAUGAAGGCCAAGUGGAGGUGACCGGAGAUGAAUACAAUGUGGAAAGCAUUGAUGGUCAGCCUGGUGCCUUCACUUGCUAUCUGGAUGCAGGUCUUGCCCGCACUACAACUGGCAAUAAAGUUUUUGGGGCCCUGAAGGGAGCUGUGGAUGGAGGCUUGUCUAUCCCUCACAGUACCAAACGAUUCCCUGGUUAUGAUUCUGAAAGCAAGGAGUUCAAUGCAGAAGUCCAUCGGAAGCACAUCAUGGGUCAGAACGUGGCAGACUACAUGCGAUACCUGAUGGAAGAAGAUGAAGAUGCAUACAAGAAACAGUUCUCUCAGUACAUAAAGAACAACGUAACCCCAGACAUGGAGGAGAUGUAUAAGAAAGCCCAUGCUGCUAUACGAGAGAACCCAGUCUACGAGAAGAAGCCUAAGAGAGAAGUUAAGAAGAAAAGGUGGAACCGUCCCAAAAUGUCCCUUGCCCAGAAGAAAGAUCGGGUAGCUCAAAAGAAGGCAAGCUUCCUCAGAGCUCAGGAACGGGCUGCUGAGAGCUAAAGCAAUUUUCUAUGAAGAUUUUUUUUCAUAAAGACAAUAAACUUAUUGAACAAGCAGCUAUUACUGUGUUAAGCUGUUGUUGUGAAACUAGGAAAUAGCAUGAAGUUAGAAAAAGCAAAGGCGUUGACCGUUUUUUACUCCCAUGAAACAAGCAUAGCUUUUUCCAGAAAAGGCCAUCUUAUAUUUGACUCAGCAAAGUUCAUGACUUUCUUAGGUUUCUCUUCUUCCUGACAGGAGUCAUUAUCCUUCAAUUUGUUGUCACUAAGAAUCUGGUAAGCAACAGACCACCCAACGAUCACUAGGAUAUAAUUCUUCCAUCCAUUUAUUUAUAACCAGAUGAUUACUGAGAAGAAAAAGUACCUCAAAGUAUACAGUCUUAAAAGAAAAAAACAGGUGGUAAUGCAUGGCUUAAAAUUUCAAAAGAAAGCUAAUGAAGGUCACAGAUUUAACACUGUCACUUUGAGCAGAAAAAACUGGGGCUUUUGUUCAAAAUGUGUUCUUUUUAUGGAGAUGUUGAAAGGUGCAUGCCAGAUCUGAAUAUACAGUAAGGGUCAAGUAUCAAGCUUUGCAGUUCAUGUUUACAUGGGAAAGGGUACUGAGCGAGUACAUUCACAUGCCUCUAAGAAAUAGCCCUUGGUCCCACAAGAAAUAAAAAUUAUCUUCCUUGUCUUAACA